UUAUUCUUUUUUUCUUUUUUCUUUUUUUUUCUCUCUUUUGCAUGUGUUUAUAUAGAUGCAUACUAUAUAACCUUCAUCUAUAGGAAGACGUAGAGAGUUAACUAGAAUGGCGGGGGCAACUAGAUUGCUUCGGGCCGCCCGAGCUCACCGAUCAGAUCAUCUUCCCUCCUCCUCUUCUUCUUCUUCUUCUUCUUCUCCUGCUUCAACUCCUCGUCGAAGUCUCCCGUCUCUUCGACUUCCAUGCAGCGGCCGUGGUACUGCAGAGAAGCGCCUAAGACUCAACCACGAAGCGACGACGACGACGACGAAGAGGGCGGCGGCUUCUGCGGACGCCGCCGUGCAUGUUGCGCCCGAUGAGAAGCAGAAGCAGCAGAAGCAGCCUCCUCCUCCUCCCUUCCAUCUUUCAUCUUUUCUAGCCAAGGAGCUAAACGGGGCUGUGCUAAAGCUGUUUCGUCCCCCACCCCCACUGACGAAUAAACGUAACUGGGCAACGCUUUGCCAGAUUCUUGUUGAGAAGGGGAUUGUUGGAUGCCAAUCCUUCUCCCUCAUCGCAGUAGCCGGAUCCCUCGUCGGCUCAAUCUUGUGUUUUGUCGAGGGCUGCUUCUUUGUUCUCGAAUCCUUCCUCGAGUAUUUCCACGCGAUAUCGAAAAGAGCAGAAGACCGAGGAGAGAUAAUAAAACUGCUUAUUGAAGCAUUAGACAUGUUUCUUGUUGGAACUGCUCUGCUCACCUUUGGGAUGGGACUGUAUGUCAUGUUUGCCGCGUCAAGUGGGAAGAAUCAGAAGAACAGAGAACGGCAUCCCGUUGCAGAAUCCAACUUUGGCCCAUUCAGUCUAAAGAAGCUUAAAGAAGGCACUGCGAUGCAGUCGAUAUCAGAGGCGAAAUCGAAGCUCGGCCACGCCAUAAUGCUGAUUCUUCAUGCAGGGGUGUUGGACAAGUUCAAGAAUGUGCCCUUGAUUAGCGGGCUCGACCUAGCGUGCUUCGCCGGAGCAGUGUUCGUCUCCUCGGCUUCUGUUUUCCUCCUCUCGAAGCUCACAACGCAGCGAAGCACGAAUAUCUCUGUUUAAAAUCAUAUAGCUAUACCACCAGACUAUAUGAGAUGACCUCAGGAGAAGAGCCAACUUAGCUACUAUUAUUAUUAUUAUUAUUAUUAUUAUUAUUAUUUAAUUCAUUUUGUAGGUCCAAGUUUUUUCCUUUCUUUCAAAUUUUACUCCAGCAUCAAUCAAUCUUCAUAGAGUCCCAUGUAUAGUCUCUUGCAGAAUGACAGAAUGAAUUUAUCAGAAAAUAAUGGUAAUAAUAAAGUUGUUCAUACAGAGACUGAUCUUAA